CUCUUACUUCGUUCCCAUUGCUUAUUGAUAUCCCUGCAAUCGUCGUUAUCACCUUUUCCUUCUUUCAUCCUGCCUUCCCCACUUGAUCAGCACUAUGACCAAGUCCAUCUUUGCCUAUCCCGAGCUAUGCUAUGCGCUUGCCAAACACUUGCCCCACUCGAGCCUGGCCGCCUGUCUACUGAUCAACCGAUCCUUUUAUAGCACCUUCCUGCCAUAUCUGUACAGUUCCAUCGAGGUGCACGAUUUCCGGCGCUACCUUCCAGAUCCGACGCCAGCAGCACCGAAAGAGGACAACGACAAAAUCUACGAGAGGUUCCCUGCAGAGCCCGCCACAGAAGUGAACUUUGCUUCGCCAUCCUUUGCCAGCCUGCGCGCGCACGGCCAGUUGAUCAACUCUCUCUCCUUGUUCUUUAACGAGAAGCUGACGUACAAAGAAGAAAUGCGGUGGAAUCAAGUCGACGAAUUCUACUACUACGACAACGAUGGCGAUGAGGGUGUCAAUGAGGUUGGCGACGAAGAAAUAUCACCGAGCGAACGCAAAGCAACUUUCGCAGGCCUAGUCCAGGCAAGCAUCCUUCUUCAAGUCGUGCAGUCCUGUCCCAACCUCAAGUCUUUGGAGAUCCAUGGCCUGAACCCCGCUUCGCCUCCUCGCCCACAUUACGGAACGUGUGGACAGGCGGCAAUAGGGCGGCGGAAAUAUCUCAAUAAACAAGAGUCCCAAGACAAGGCCAUUGCCAUUAUCAUCAAGGAGGCUGCCGCAUGCUGUAGCCAAGCAAAAGGUCAGGCUGCCAGAGGCAUUCAGCGCUUGGUCAUCUCGAACUCGUGUGGGUUCGCACAGCAGUCUCUUCAGGCCAUCCUCGAGACGUCUCUGGCCAUAUCGCUCACGGAAUUGGAUAUUCAAUGCUGCGGAUUCUUUCGCACUGAGGAAAUGCAUCUCCUUCUACGAUCGCUUCCAAACCUGAAGCACGUCGAUUUCCGCUGUCGAGACGCGGAGUCGGAUCACCUGGGACCCUAUGCUGGUCUGCUACCCUUACGAAACAAGGCUCCAACGACGACGGCGGCGGCAGUGGCAGCGACAGCAGCGACAGCAACAGUAUCAACGGCAACAGCAACAGAGACAGCAGUAGCUGCCGUAGCUGACAACACGGCUUUUGGAAUCACGACAGAACCGCCUCAGUGCGCAUGUUCGAACACACUUCAGACACUUCGCAUCGGUGUUAGCAAUGCCAGCGUGGACCCGACGUACGAUGACAGUUGGUACGGGCAUAGAUCCGGUUAUCAGUCGUGGAUUUAUGCUGCACAGAUAACGUGGAUGCACGACGAUCCCGAGAAUCCCAUGGUCCACAAGCACUUUCCUGAGGCUCUGCACUGGUUCUAUGACUAUAUCGCAAUAUUUCCAUGUCUGCGGGAGCUGUGUCUUGAGAGUGUCGCUCCCUUGUACCAUAAAUCCCAAUCAUUGGACCUGGCUUUGAGCUCUGGACUGGAUAGGUGGGCGACGCUGAAGGCAUUGGAGGUACUGGACAUCGAGAAGCUGGACCACGCGGUGGGAGUGGACGAGGUGCAAUGGAUGGUCAAGAACUGGCCAGCGCUGAGAGAGGUCCGCGGAUUGGUCUAUGCUACAGACGAGAUUCCUUCGGAUGCUGCUCUUUGGCUACAGAGCACUCGGCCGGACAUUGCGCUGCCGGUGUCGACGAUUUCAAGGUCAAGCCAACAAGAGCUGUAGUAGAGUGGCAUAGACGACAUUGGAAAUGCAUACCUGUAUCAAUAUUGAAGCCGACACAUUUAUUCUUUAGCUCUUCUACUCCUCGUUCUUGAUGUCCAUGUUCAGAG